UUCUAUAAAACUCGCACUUGAACAAUACAAAAAAAGAAGCAGCAACCACACUCAACCACCACAAACCUUCUUUAUUUUUUCCAGAUUUUCUCUCUCCUCACCGUCGCCACCGCCGUAUACAAACCGCGGCGUUGCCGUUUUACGGUGGCGGAAUUUUUAUCCUUUUAACUCUAUAGAUUGUCGCACACAAUGCCAGCGCAGAAACGGUCGCACAAUGAAGAUCUUCCUCUAAACGACGCCGUAAAUCACGUCGUACAAGAAGAAGAAGAAGAAGAACAAGAGGAAGAUGAUGAAGAACAACUUCAAGAUGAAGAUGGAGAUGGAGAUGUAGAGGAAGAAGAAGAAGAAGAACAAGAUGAUGACGACGAUGGAGAACGACAACAAGAUGAGGAUGAGGAUGAGGAUAGAGAUGAAGGCGAUAAAGAGGUUGAUCGAAGUGUUUCGUAUGAAAGUGAUAAUGAAUAUAAUGUCGACACAGAAGAUUUUGUUUUAGUGAGAUUGUCAGACAUACGCAAAGAAGUUCAGUGUCCAAUUUGCCUUGGGAUCAUCCGGAAGACAAGAACAGUUAUGGAAUGCCUGCAUCGCUUUUGCAGAGAAUGCAUUGACAAAUCAAUGCGGAUGGGGAACAAUGAAUGCCCUGCUUGUCGAACGCACUGUGCUAGUCGGAGGUCUUUAAGAGAUGACCCAAAUUACGACGCACUGAUUUCUGCUAUAUAUCCAGAUAUUGACCAAUAUGAAGAAGAGGAGCUGGCUUUUCAGGAAGAUGAAAGAGCUCGAAACAAGCAGAUCCAAGCUGCGAUUGCCCAAACUUUUCGUCGACAAACAGAGGCACUUAGCAAGAAAAGGAGAAGAUCACAGGGUACUCAUCGAAGAAGAAGAAACUAUCGAUCGGAAGAGGACGAUGAUGCAAAUGGUCAUGAUGGUGGAAAAGAGUCAUCAUCAGCGGAUGAACGCUGCACAGAGCCCAAAGCUAAGAGAACAAAGAGGUGGAGGGGUCCACCAUUGCCGACAGCUGCUAGUGGAGAUGGAGUUGGUGAUGAAAAUGAUCAGGAGGUGCCCAAGGAAGCUGAGGUCUCACCUGCAGGAUUGGUUGGAAGCGCAGAAAUGCUUGCUUGGGGUAAAGGUGGCAUAAGGAGUAGCACUAGAUAUGGCAGUGGCAGUGGCGGUAAUGGCAAGCAUUCCCGUAGUCGCCUUGCAAAGUUGAAUGAGCACUUGCGUAACCUGAGUGAGAAUGAUGACGAGCUGGAGAUACAGGUCGUCCUUUUUUCUCUUGACGAGCAGAAAAAAUCGCUUCUGCAGGACUCCUACUUGUGUGGCAGGCCAGCCUUGUCCGUAGGGCAAUUAUGUCAAUUCAUUGCUCUUCAGACCUCAUUGCCACCUGAAAAAGUAGAAAUUUUGGGAGCAAGAGGCCUCUGCUCAAAGUUGAGCUCUCUAUCAUCUAUGCAAGUCCAAUCAUCAAGUUCGGCUUUUGAAGAAUGCAAAGAUGAGUUGCAAGUAUUGGAUUCUGAAGAAACACUAGCUGGACUUAAAGCCGCAUGCUCUUUUGCUCGAGGGCGCUUGAUAUUGGCAUACCGGCAAAAGUUGUGAUUCGAGAGUUCUGAAAGAUUCCGUACACAGAAAUAAUGUUGGCUGUCACAAGGAAGUUAGAAAGUCAAUGGAUCACUUAUUUGUAAAGGAUACAGAAAUAUACUCAUAACUUUAAGGAUUCAAAUGUGUGUAGAUUACAAAAUUAUGUCCUAGUUUGGAGUAAGUUUUCGAUAUAUUAGGGUUUUAGCUAUGUAUUGUGAUUGUUUAUUGUCUGCAAGACGUGUCUAAGGUAUGUGAAAGGUGCUGAUGUUGGUUGUUUUACAGUAAUUUUGGCAAAUGGAGUUUUUUCGAUCACUUAUAGAGUGUAAAUGAAAAUAUGCAUUAUCCAGGAAAUACUUGGAUGAUUUAUCUAAUGUUGAAUUAACAUGCCAAUCAUGGUUUCCAGUGA